GACUGGUCUCGGAUCAGCUGAUAAAAGUCGGUCGUUGGUCGACAACAAGCUUGAGGUGCUCAGUCAUUGAGGUUCUACUGGUCCGGGUUCUGGUUUCGGCACAAUGAGGAGCCUGGUGUUGUUAGUGUUAGCGACGUUAGCUUUAACAAACGAAGCUCUGGUUCGAAUUCCUUUAAAGAAGUUCCGUUCCAUUCGACGUGAGCUGACCGACUCAGGAAGAAGAGCAGAGGAGCUUCUUGCUGACAAACACUCCCUGAAGUACAACCUUGGCUUCCCCUCCAGUAAUAUACCCACUCCAGAAACACUGAAGAACUACCUAGACGCUCAGUAUUAUGGGGAAAUUGGUUUGGGCACCCCUCCUCAGCUGUUCACUGUAGUGUUUGACACCGGCUCGUCCAACCUGUGGGUCCCCUCUGUUCACUGCUCCUUCACAGACAUCGCUUGCUUGCUUCACCACAAAUAUAACUCUGCUAAAUCCAGCACGUAUGUGAAGAACGGCACCUCCUUCGCCAUCCAGUAUGGAACUGGCAGUUUGUCAGGAUACCUCAGCCAGGAUACUUGCACUAUUGGAGACAUCACCGUGGAGAAUCAACUGUUUGGUGAAGCCAUCAAGCAGCCUGGUGUGGCAUUCAUUGCAGCAAAGUUUGAUGGGAUCCUUGGGAUGGCGUAUCCCAAAAUCUCUGUGGACGGUGUGGUUCCAGUGUUUGAUAAUAUCAUGAACCAGAAGAAAGUGGAGCAAAAUGUCUUCUCCUUCUACCUGAACAGGAACCCAGACACUGAGCCAGGUGGUGAACUGCUGCUGGGAGGAACAGACCCCAAAUACUACACUGGAGAUUUCCACUAUGUCAACAUCACCCGGCAGGCCUACUGGCAGAUUCACAUGGAAGGGAUGACCAUCGGCAGUCAGCUGAGUCUGUGUAAAGGUGGCUGCGAGGCCAUUGUGGAUACCGGGACGUCUCUGAUCACUGGGCCAGCCAGCGAGGUCAAAUCUCUGCAGAAAGCCAUUGGAGCCCUUCCACUCAUCCAGGGAGAGUACAUGGUGCCCUGUGAUAAGGUCCCGACACUCCCUGUCAUCACCUUCAAUGUUGGCGGACAGACCUACAGUCUGACUGGGGACCAGUACAUCCUCAAGGUCAGUCAGGCUGGGAAGACUAUUUGUCUAAGUGGCUUUAUGGGUCUGGACAUCCCUCCCCCUGCUGGGCCACUGUGGAUUCUGGGAGACGUGUUCAUCGGUCAGUACUACACCGUGUUCGACCGCCAGAACAACCGGGUCGGCUUCGCUAAAUCCAAGUAAACGAUGCAUCCUGGACCCGGAAUGCAAGCUGAACACAACGCACCAGAUUCGACCUGCUUGUUUUCCGUUCUCUCUGUGAUCAACAUGUAACUAACAAUAGGCUUUAGAACAAGCUUGCACUGAUGUAAGGAGGCUGAACUGGUCCUGACACGGCCUGAAACAGAAGAGGGUACAAGCUGUGGCAUGGUUAUGCUUUUUGAAAACAUCACAACAGUUAUAUUUUUGUUUUAAAUCAGGGAGUUGUUUUAAGUGGUUUUUAAUGAGUGUUUUAGGUGAUGGACGGUUUUACUACUGAUCUUUUUUUUUUUUUUUUCUUUGAAAUGAUUGGGCUCAAUAAAAAACGUUUAAAGUUGAUCUUUUCCAUUUCUUUUAAAGGGUAGUUAAAACAUUUCUUUCACAGGGUCUUGAAUUGUAGAAACAUUUGAAUUCCUUUGUUUUUUAUUUUUAGUCAAUUAUUAAGAAGCAUUGGCCCCAGAUUACUUUUCUGUUUUGUUCAUUUCCAUUGAUCAUAAAGCGUUCAGACUAACAAGCUGACUCUGUAAUAUCAGACUGUAGAGGUAUUGAAAUAUUCAUCAGAAUAAAAUAAGUCUUUGUCACAAAGUAAGGAGGCCGUUGUUUCUGUGUCAAGAGCCUCUCGUUCCCAGAUAACCUUUGAUCGAGACAAAACGGGAUAAGCUACUGUUUGUCACAACUGUACUGGGUCAAUCAAAAUAAAAAUUCUGAUUUUGA